AUGCGCCUUGACGAGCUUUUGGUGGAAAAUCAUCACGAGGACAAGUACCUCGUCCUCAGGACAAUCGUUCAACCAUACCCAGGUGCCGGGACGAUUACCAUCGUUGAAGAUCAGUAUGGCAGUGUUGAUAAGAUGGCUCUUUACAAUCAGGGCAACUCUACAAUUCUGCAGUCCAUCCCGAAAGGCUCGGUCGUCCUCGUAAAAGAACCAUACUAUCGCUUCAGCGGCGAUAACGAUUUCAUGCUUUGCAUUGACCAUCCCUCGGACAUUGUGCUUCUUCGACAAGGUCCAGAUGAUGCGCUGAUCCCAGACAUCUUCAGGGCGGUGCCAGAGUUCGAUACGGCGGCGGGCUGGAAGGCUGCUGGGGAUCGAGCCUUCAUCUCCAAGAAGCUUCCUUUGGCAGUAGCGAAUUACACCAGAGCUCUGGAAUUUCUACCAGAAGAGGACACCUCCGUCCGGGUUGAUGUUCUGUUGAAACGAGCAGGCAUCAAUCUUACCCUCAAGUGCUUUGACAGGGCGCUAUCAGAUGCCCUUUCCUCGAGAUGUGCAUCUUCAGACUGGAAAUCCCAUUUCGUUGCGGGUAGGGCAGCUUAUGAAUUCACGGACUUCCAGGCUAGCAAGCAACACUUCGAAUCGGCUCUAGCACUCAAACCCGAGGUAGCCAACAUCCGCAAGGAAUACGAAAGAUGUGUAGCAAGGCUCGAGGAAGAAAAAGGCAACUACGAUCUAGUAGACAUGAUAGCUAGCGUCACUUCGAAGAAUAUUCACAUCGAUAGAGCAAGCUUCUUGUCACGCACUCAAGUCAGAGACUCACCACAUCACGGACGCGGGCUGUUCGCCACAGAAGACAUCAAGGCAGGGGAGAUGAUAUUCGCAGAAAGAGCAACCAGCGUUCCCAACGAAUUCAAUCCAGAGCACAACGCAGCUGCAGCAUACGCCCAGCUUGUGGAGCUGUGCGCAGAUAACCCAACAAUUCACAACAAGGUUCUCGACCUUCACGGAGGGUCCUACAAGCGAACCGGCCAAGAAGGCACACUCGUCGACGGCAGGCCAGUCAUCGACGUCUUUCUUCUCGAGUCCAUCCGCCGCAAGAACUGCUUCAGCGGCGCCCAGGUGUCGGCGCAGGCUGCGAAUCCGGAAUGGAACAUGUGGAAGCAGGGCAUGUCGCGCGGGCUCUGGGUGUAUUCGGCGUAUGCGAACCACGCCUGUCUUCCCAAUGCCAACAGGUCCUUCAUAGGAGAUAUGCUCAUCGCCACGGCUACAGUGGAUAUUCCUGCCGGCACGGAGAUUACGCACAUUUACCUGCCUCCCAAGGCGGCGUACCUCCUUCGCAUGCCGCAAUUCCGCCGCAGCUGGGGGUUUGUCUGCAACUGCGCCCUUUGCGCUGGUGAAUCCGGAUCUUCGACAGAGCAGCAUCAGAAGAGGAAUGCUGUUCUAGCCGAAAUCGAGGCCCUGAUCAGGACAAAGCGUCCAACCAAGUUCUACCCCGACGCGACGAUUCGACAAGUCGAGAAGCUGGCAAACAAGCUCUCUUGUCUCCACGAGAAGGAGGUCUACGACGACCUUUUGUUACCGCGCUUGAUGCUCGUCUGGCCGACGAUGUGGCUUGUGGAAGUAUGGCACACCCGGAAACAGUGGAACAAGGUUGUCAAGUGGGGUUGCGAGGUGUUCCGCAACUUUGGCUUCGUCGAGCCGGUAAGGGAGGGAAGGCUGUGGAUAUAUAAGGACACCCAGGCGGUGACGACGUUUGAGGUCAUACGGGCGUUGAAAUGGUCGGCUGAGGCGUAUUCGGCACUAGGCGAAGAGACAUUGGCGAGAGAUUGCUUGGACGCCGCGAGGAUCGGGUUGAAGACCAUGGUUGGGUUUGUCACGGACGACACAUUUGCAGCGUUCAAGUGA